CGUCGCAGUUGCUAGGAGAAAGCGUCUUCCUCAUGGUUACAUCACAGUUAGCCAAACAGCUUCUGUUUAUCCGGCUAAAAUCGUCUUUAGUAGCCUAUCUAUAUCCACGGAUUUGACAUAAAACUCAUCAGAUAUGUUCAGCGACGGUUGUAAAUGAAAUAUUGUUGGUGAGUUUGUGGAUCAAUGAGCUCCAGAAAACCUGAAAAGAUGGGUGAUGGCCUGGCAAGUGAAAGUGAUCUGCUGUCAAUGAUCAACGAGUAUCUGAAGUUUGCUGAGUUUGAAGAGACUGUGAAAGUGUUUGAAAAGGAAGUCAGACGCAAAGGAAAAACUGUCCUCAAAAGUUCAGGACACUCAUGGCGAGACUCCAAAACCAUCGGCAUUCACGACGAUUUUCUCAGCUCUUUUAAUGAUGGCGACUAUAAGGUAUUCUCUGAGCUGUGGGCUAAAACUAUUCCUCCAGAGAUUCGGGAUUUUGAUCCAGUAGCUCAGAAGCUGGAAUUCUACUUACAAAUUCAUUUUACAAUAUACCCACUGAAAUCACCUGUAGGAAGUCACGAUAAAGGAGAGUUUGACAGCAGGAUCAAACAUUUCAAACACUAUCUGGAGACCAGAGGGGCGGUACUGAGCCAGACCACUGAAUUCCUGCCGUUCUACGCCCUGCCAUUUGUGCCCAAUCCCACAGUACAUCCGUCCUUCCAAGAGCUUUUCCAGGAUUCCUGGACGCCAGAGUUGAAGGAAAGACUGGAGAAGUUUCUCUCAGUGACUCUGAAAGCUUCAAACACACCAAGACUUCUGACUUUAUAUAACGAAGGUGGAAAAGGCAACAAAGAAGCGAUUCAGCAAAUGCAGCUCUAUCUGACCGAGGCAGAAAGGAAGUCGGCCAGCUGCAUGAGGAGAUUCACUAAACUGCAGGCCGACCAUCACAAUCUCAUUGGCAUCACGGCCGAGUUAGUGGAUUCGUUGGAGGCCACAGUCCGUGGAAAGAUGAUCUCCCCAGAGUAUCUGCAAGGCGUGUGUAUGCGGCUCUUCAGCAGUCACAUGAGACAGAGUGCUGCCCAGAGCGUAGACUUCACCAGACCGGGCACUGGAUAUUACUCUAUGAGUCCUUGUGAUGAUGGAUAUGCAUCUUCAAUGCUGCGGGCAUCAGUCGCACCUCAGAGGCCCAAAGACGUGCCGUUGUUGCCUUCCCUUGACUACGAGAAGCUGAAGAAAGAUCUAGUGAAUGGAUCAGAUCGACUGAAGGCUUUGCUGCUUCAAGCUUUGCGCUGGAGGUUAACCAGAUCUCUACAUGGUGAGCAAAGGGACACAGUUUUACAAGCCUUCAUCAGCAAUGAUCUUCUGGAGAGCUACAGUUCAAAACAGAAAACUGUUCUUAAUCUGAUGAAAUCCAAAAAUGAGAUCAUCAGACAGUAUAUGGCACGACUCAUCAAUGCAUUUGCCUCUUUGUGUGAUGGACGCAUGUACCUGUCUCAGAUACCCUCUUUACUGAGGUUUCUGCUUGAUUCUCUGAAGACUGAAGAGAAAGAGUCUGUUACUCGAGAAAACGUGCUAGCAGCGCUGCAGAAACUCAGCCUCAGGCGAGCUCAGCAAUCUGCUAUGAUCAGAGACGGUCUGAUUGGCUGGCUGGUCAAAGAGCUCCACGACUCCGACUGUCUGUCUGACUACACGCUUGAAUAUGCCAUUUCCCUCCUCAUGAACCUCUGUCUGCGCACUCAAGGAAAGAAGAAAUGCGCAGAGGAGGCCAAGCAUGUCCUAAUUGUCCUGACGGAGCUUCUGGGACAUGAGAACCAUGAGAUUCGGUAUUAUGUGAAUGGAGCAUUAUACAGCAUCCUGUCCAUGCCAGAGAUACGAGAGGAAGCCAAACAGAUGAGUAUGGAGGAGAUCUUGCGCUGUUACAGUAAAGAAGAAAAUCCUGAACUCAACAGGCAGAUUGAAUUCAUAAUCAAACAGCUUAACUCAGUGGACAUCCCUGAACAUGAACCUGAGUCGGAUGAUGAAGAGGAUGACGAUGAUGAUGACGAGGAAGAUGUUAUGGAGGCAGACCUAGAUAAAGAGGAAGUCCUGCAGCCUCAGCCAAAACAGCUCAGUGGAGAAUCUUUGCUGACAACAGAGUAUCUCGGGAUAAUGACCAACAUGGUGAAGAUGAAGAGGAGAUCAUAUCCUCCAUCAUCUCGCAGCAUAGAUGAGCCCCUCCAACGGCCCGUUACGCCCAGUUCCCACAAAAACACCAUAGCUGGUGGUGAUGGAGUCUAUGCUAUUACCCGCCAAAGAAGUGAUGAUAGCCCCGCCCAUUCUCGCUUUAGUUCCCGCCCACACACUCGCACCGGCAGCCGCCCCAGCACUGCUGAAUCCAUCCACCAUACUUUGGCAACCGAUUCGGAAUGCUGGCGUUCCUCUGUGGAAUCAGGGCUUACGGGGUCCCCAGAAAGAGGUGUACCUCCACCAGGCCCGAACAACACAAACGGCCAGCCAUACAGUGGCCAGAACGUGGGCUUUGAAAGCCGGCCUAAGAUUCCUCGCACCCCUGAAAGUGACACAGGCAGUGUUGGCAGGUCUCGUCUGGCCCCCCAGUUCUCCAACAGCGAGCCCCAGCAGUGCGGCAGCAGACCCGGUUCUUCAGGGGGCUCCGGUGGGCGGCCCAGUCAACAGAGCAGCCAAUCGCAUAGAAAGUGAAAAAAGAGACGCUUUCAGCAGGAGAAGGCUAUCGGCAGAGGAGCAUCCAACUUCCUGUAACACCAUCCAAGUUUAUCAUCACGGUCAGGCCAACGGAGACGACCGUGGGCCUGCAGAACAAAGCUGAGGAUUGUGGUUUCGUAGGGCCUUUCAGCCCCUGCAACAGAGCGCCUCUGUAACACAACACACUUGGGCAAUAAUCACAACAAGUACUUUCAUUAUCCCACAACCUUCCAAACACCUGGCGCUCCGCUCCUGCUUUGUUUCUCUUGAACCUCGA